AUGAAGAAAAAUCUUCAAACACGCGAAAGCUGUUUAUAUGAUAAUCGGGAAGGUAGCGGGUUCAAGUCCCGCCUGAGUAAUUUUUUCCUUAGAAGAUCACAAUUGAAAAAAGAUAUUUCGAAUUUCGAUUUCAAUACUCAUCAAGGCAUGAAUGAAAUGUACAAAGCAUCUCAAUUGAGAGAUUUUUCAAAGAAUUUAUGA